UGUCAGUCAGUACUGGUCAGUACUUUAUCGCCUGAGUAGAUAGUUGCAUGUGUCUAAUUCAUGAAAUAUAUUUCAUUUCUAUUUUUAUUCAAAGGAAUAGAUGAAAUGAAAAAAAUGAUAGCAAUAUUUCUAUUGCUAUGUGUGACUGUGGCUAGCGGCAAUGAAAAGAGGUAUAAACCUGAGUGGAGCGACUUGGACACCCGGCCUUUGCCGGAAUGGUACGAUAAAGCCAAAAUAGGGAUAUUUAUACAUUGGGGCGUUUAUUCUGUUCCAAGUUUUCAUUCCGAAUGGUUUUGGGACAUGUGGAGAGACAAAAAGGAAAUUCAAAAUUUCAUGCAGAGAAACUAUCCUCCCUAUUUUACGUAUCAAGAAUUUGCCCCAAUGUUCACAGCAGAAUUUUUCUCUCCUGAACAAUUUGCUGAACUAUUCUAUGCAUCAGGAGCUAAGUACGUUGUUUUAACAAGUAAACACCACGAGGGUUUCACUUUGUUUCCGUCAUCACGAUCAUACAGCUGGAACUCAGUAGAUGUUGGCCCCCAUCGAGAUUUAGUGGGCGAGUUGGCAUGGAACGUCAGAACUAAGGGCUUAAAAUUUGGUGUCUACCACUCCUUGUACGAAUGGUUCAAUCCAAUAUAUUUACAGGAUAAGGACGAAGGAUUUCUUACUCGAGAUUAUGUUGACAAUAAACUAUGGCCCGAUAUAAAACAGUUAAUAAAUAGUUAUAAGCCGUCAGUUUUCUGGUCAGACGGAGAUUGGGAAGCUGACGACAGUUAUUGGAACUCCACUGGAUUAUUGGCCUAUUUGUACAACGACAGUCCUGUGAAGGACGAAAUCGUCGUCAAUGAUAGAUGGGGCCGCGGUACUGCUUGUAAACACGGAGAUUUUUAUAAUUGUGCCGAUAGGUAUAACCCUGGUCAUUUGGUCAGACAUAAAUGGGAAAAUGCGUUUACUUUGGACAAGAAAUCCUGGGGAUACCGGCGGGACAUGAACGUGGCAGAUGUCAUGACUAUACAACAAUUAAUCAAAGAAGUCGUGUCCACUGUUAGCUGUGGAGGCAAUGCUCUCAUAAACGUUGGCCCUACGAAAGAAGGGACUAUAGCGCCAAUAUUCCAAGAAAGACUGCUAGCUCUCGGAGACUGGCUGAAAGUGAAUGGAGAAGCUAUAUACUCCUCAUCGCCCUGGGUCCAACAAAACGACACCAAAGCUGGCGAUGUUUGGUACACAUGUACUAAAGCUAAUUAUGAUGCUUUGAGACCAGUACGAAAACCUAAUGUGAAGGAUAAUGUCAUCGCCAUUUACGUCAUAUUUUUAAAAUGGCCGCAAAACAAUGUCUUAAAAUUACACUACAUUACGCCUUAUCUUAGUGUUAAAUUUAAGAUCUCACUAUUAGGCUACGAUGGAUACUUGCAGUGGAAGACUCAAAAUGGGGAGACGGCGAUUGUACUGCCAGAUAAAGCCGAGCUUUCCAGUGAUUACGCUUGGACUCUGAAAAUUAAUGAUGAGGCUGAUGACUUGGACAAUGAUUUGGUGCGGAUUAGAUGGGGGACACCGGGAGCCAGGGCGGCUGCCGACCAAGGGAGGCAACCCUUAGUGUCCUCUGAAGAUUAUUUUAGAAAAACGGCUAGUCUCACGUAAGGAGAGCAGUGACACGACUAUUAACGCUUUCACGAAUACUAAACGAGAGAAAAUAAGUUUUCUCGUUUAGUUAUUAUUAAAACGUGUGUAGAUAGACGUUAAAGUGUCAGUUUAAAAUUACUGGGUACCCGUCAUAACGGCUGGCUGUCAGUUUGAAGAUUUCAUUCGUGCGACAGCACUCUUGGGGCGAAUACCUAUCUACCUACUCGAAUCGAAGUGUCUUUGUGAGCAAUAUCAUUUUUUAUAUUUCUAUUCAUUACAAAAAUCGAUUGGGCACAUACCUACUUAUUUUGAUUCAUUAAUCAUUUAUGAGAAUGGUUAAUCUUACAAUGAAGUUGAAAAUGACAGAGACAAAUCAUACUUUUGCUUAAAGUAUGCUUUGACUUUUUUAUGAAAAAGUAAUAGGAUUACUAAGUAGCUAACCAAAAACAAUUUAUUAGUCUGUUCACCAAAAUGAAAUCAAAAUAAGUUUGAACCAAAUAAAUUUAUCUCCGCGAUCAUAGGUUAUCUGUCUAACAGCAUACACAAUCCAGUGGAUUGCCGUGGCUUGAAUUAGAUGAUAAUUUCGAUAAACACAACAUGUGAAUAGAUUUAACGUGUGGUUAACCGAGCGGGAAAUCGGAGUGAUGAAUAAAUUUCAACAAUAAUAAAGAUAUAUCAAAACAUGC